AUUCUCUGGUUGAUGAAGCACAUUCAUCAGACGGUUGAUAUGGCAUCGUUAAGUUGAUGUCCACCGUUUCGGGUAUUUUAAAACGGCCGAUCGCAGCGAGGGGCAUCCAAAGUACGAAUCCAAGAAGCUCCAUGGAAGAGCGCCACUUCCGACGCUUUCUUGACCGCUUCCCGGUCGUCCGCUCUCCUUACUACUGCGCGGACACAGAAAGAGAAUCAUGUACACAUUCAGCAAAGGAUGAGAGAGCAAGUGGUAGAAAUGUCCAGAAUGAGAUGGUGAAGAAAGACGCUUUAGCUAAAACUAGUGAUGAAGAUCCAUUUUGGCAGAAACUACGAGUAGCAGCUGAAAAAAAGGUGGUCCAGCAAAGGCGCAGAAGUUUUGCAGGGCAUUUCAAAGCAUCCACGAGAGACUUGUUUACAGAGAACUUAGUCUUGAAGCUGCACAAAGAUUCAUUAAUGCCGAAGGAAACUGAUGUGAUAAACCAACAUUGACUUCCUUUUGAGGAAGUACAUAUAUCCUGCUCCCAUCUUGAUUUUUCUUUUUCUUUGAAUUCAAUUUGUUCUCUCUGAAAGUUCUUCUGCAACUGGAACAUCAAAGUACAUUUUAUAUCACAUCAGCUAAAUAUUCAUAACAAAUCAUUUCUAUCA